GAAGAUGACGGACGUUUUAUCGUUGAAAGAAUCCGUGGUGGUGUAUUUAGACCGGAGCGGUGGCCUUCAGAAACUGACCGAGGACUGCGCACAGUUCGACGACCCCCACCAUGUCGAGGCGGUGUACCGGUUCUGCAUCUCCGUGAACCCCUCUGAUGUGAUGGAGGUGGAUGCAGUGUUGGGCCACUGUGUUCUCCACGAGCCCCUGAAGGCAACAGCAUUGUUUCAGUCUAUUUGCUUCCUGGCCAUACAGACUCUUUCGCUUGUUGAGAAAAUACACACAGAGAGUCAGGUGAAUGUAAUACUGAAAUUUACACACCUGCCUCCGUACCCUGAGUACACGUUGGACCUUGGCAGUUUUCCCCGAGGAUGUGGCCCCAUGAGGCCUGUCUCCAUGGAGGGCCUGGUCAUUGCCAUGACGAGGGUCACGAAAUACACCCAGGGGGCCCGGUUCCUCUGCGUUAACGACGACUGCCCCUGCUCUACUGGGUUCCACCACAUCCGAGUUCAUGCACCCGGAGCCACAGAGUCGGCGACUGUGAGAAACGACUUCAGCUGCAUGAUGUGCAACUCCCAACUGAAAGAGGAUGUGAAGUUCAGAGUUUUGGGAGACAAACAGCUGGUGGAGCUGAUCCACGUCAAAGCACUGGAUGUUCUAAAUGGGCAUCAGCAAAGCUCACUCAGAUACCAGUCUGUCACCCUGUUUCUCAGAGAUGAGCUGUGUAACUUGAUGAGAAUUGGUCGACUCUACAGGGUGCUAGGCAUUCCUGCACAUGUCCACCAGUGGCCCAACAUUACCUGGAGUGUGGAGGCCAAUAGCGUCCGACCAUGGGAGCCAGAACAUCUGCAUAAAGUCAGUGUCAGGUUCCAAGAGCUGUUGAAAGCCACAGCCUCUUCUCCCUGGAGGUUCUCUGCUAUUGUAGCUCACUGCUUUGGGUUGGAAGUUUCUCCUCCAGGCUUGUACAACACACUGAAGCUGGGUUUGUUGCUCAGCUUGGUGCAGACCAGAGCAGAUGCAAAAGAAACAUGUCACAACUUGGAUCUCCUCGUCAUCACUACUAACACUCUUGUAUUAGACAGAUUGUUGACAUACAGUUUGGGUUUGGCCAUUCGCGGGGUCAGACAUCAGGUCUCAGGGGAGAUGUUUGCAUCCUUGUCCCGGGACGAACAUGGAGCAGGCACUGCCAACAUCCAUGCUGGUUCUGCCUUGCUAGCCACCGGGGGCAUAUGCAUGGUAGGAGAUCUUGGGUGUUACAAGAAGGACAAGUUGGAUUCCAUCCAGUCAGUUCUGGAGAGCCGCACGGUGUCUGUAUUCAUCCCAGGAAAGAAAUACGGUGAGGAUGCUGACCAGCAGCUUUCCUUCCCGCUCCACUGCAGCUUCUGGGCCCUCACAGACCCCUCUCAGCGUUCAGGGCGGACAGACUGUACUGUACUGGGAACAGCAGAAAUGGGUCCCGUACCACUUCAGUUGGCGGACAACUUUGGCCUGGUCAUUCGGAGUAGGGAUAUGAUGGGAGAGCAGGCCCUGCUCGCCCAGACUGUCCACACCCUCCAGCAGUCAGUACAGCCUGGAAAACCCCUCUACCCAUCCUGCUGGGAGUUCUCCUCUCAAGACUACCAGGAGCUGGUAGCCCACGCUCGGAGUUUACAAGUGGAGCUUAGUCCUGGAGCUGAGAAAAUGAUCCACGGUUACUAUAUGGCCAGCCGUAGAGUCAGAACCCAGAGUCAGGGUGUUAAGAUAUCAGUGGCAUCUAUCAAACUACUGAUCUCUUUGGCUGAAGCUCACUGCAAGUUAAGUCUCAGAACACAAGUACUGGAGGAAGACGCUGUCGUCGCUGUGCUACUCUGUGAAAACUCAGUCACUCUCAAGCACGGGGCCUCUGCUCUCAUUAUUCCACCUGACGCAGUGUUUCCCUGUGACCUGGAAGAUGUGGAUGGUUUGCACAGAAGAGACAUGGCACUGGAUAUUCUCCACCAGAAUAUCCUGCGCUUCAUUUACGCCUAUGCACCAGGAGCAAACAAUUACAUCACAGAAGAGUAACAUCUCUCUAAAGAUCCAAAAAUACAGGUAAGCAGCACAAGA